UCUCUUAAAAAAAUACAAGAAAUAAAAAAAAGGAGAAAUUAAAAAAAAACUCAUCCUUUUAGUUUAAAAUUAAACGAGUGUAAUAGUAGUUGAUGUAGUUUGAGGAGCAAUGGAGCUAAGCAAAUCGGCAGUCAAAACCCCAGAUGCUGAACCCGAAACCCCGACCCGGUUCCAACCCGCCCCGCCUCCCUGCAACGGCGCGAUUAAGCGCCUCCACCUCGGCCACCCCGUGGUGGUGGCAUACAAGGAGUGCCUGAAGAAUCACGCCGCCGGCGUCGGCGGCCACGCCGUCGACGGCUGCGGCGAGUUCAUGCCCUCCCCUCUCUCCAACCCCGCUGAUCCCGCCUCGCUAAAAUGCGCCGCCUGCGCCUGCCACCGCAAUUUCCACCGCCGCGAGGAGCCCCCCGCCGCCGCCCCGCUGCCGGCGCUCGAGUACCGCCCCAUCCACCGCCACCGCCCCUCCCCGCCGCGCCUGAGCAGCGCCAGCCCGGAUAAUUCGCCGUCGCCUCCGCCGAUCUCAUCCUCGUUCUACCCCUCGGCGCCGGUGCACAUGCUGCUGGCUCUCGGCGGCGGCGCUCUGAUCAGCGGCGCUUCGCCGCCGGUGAUGAGCUCCGGCGGCCGGAAGAGGUUCCGCACGAGGUUUACGCGGAAUCAGAAGGAGAAAAUGCUGGAAUUCGCGGAGAGAUUGGGGUGGAAAAUGCAGAAGAAGGAUGAAGAUUUGAUUGGCGAAUUCUGCGGCGAAGCUGGAUUGGAGAAAGGGUGUUUCAGAGUGUGGAUGCACAACAACAAAAACACUCUCGCUAAGAAAGAUCGUCCGCCGCCGACCGCCAAUAGCGGCGGCGGAAUGAGUUGCGCCGCUGACAGCAAAGAGGUUUUAGAUAGUUGAGAAAAGAUAAAUCGGAAUUUCGCCUGCAAUUUGUUAGUAGUUUAAUUUCUAAUUCUGCUUCUUAAUUAGAUUCUUACCUUGCUUAACUAAUCUUUAUCUAUUACUAUGAGUAGGAUUGAUCAAAUUUAUGGGGGAUUUAGAGUAUUUGUUUAGUUAUCAUUUAUCUAAAUCGGUCCAUGCAUUACUUUUUUCUUAAUUAUCUCUAUAUUAUCUAAUGAAGAAUUAACAUUACUUUUUCACUUGGUUUGUCUGAAAUCAGGCAGCAAAAAGUGGCUAUAUUAAUCAAAUUGAGGCAUUUGUGUUUUUCUAAAUUUUAGGUCCUUUUGGAGAGUAUAUAGUACAGCUUCUUGUUCAUGCUAGAAAAAGAUUGACAUCCAGAUUUGAGAUUAUUAUUUUAAAUAAUUGUUCCUGUUUAACACUUUAA